AAUCGGACAGUAUGUACAAGUUCCUGCAGAUGUCAUCAGUGUAAAAAUAGACAAAAAACACAUCAGUAACCUAUAGCAGAGAUGAUGCUUUCAGCAAUAAGAUAAAUAGAAUGCUCCGCAGAAAAUAGAAGAGCAGAAGCAGCGGCUCUUUUUUUAUUAUUACUGAUGAGCGCCAUGAGGACUCGGGAGAGUAAACAUGAGAAGGGAAGCUUGUGGAUUUUUGGAUAUGGAUCAUUAGUGUGGAAACCGGGAUUUAGGUUUAAGAAGAGCAAAGUUGGCUACAUUAAAGGAUACAAGAGGCGCUUCUGGCAUGGAGAUGAUUUUCAUCGAGGGGACAAAGAAAAGCCUGGCAGAGUUGUCACACUAGUUGCUGAUCAUGAGGCUUGCACAUGGGGUGUUGCCUAUGAAGUGAGCGAAUCCCAGAUUGAAGAAACGCUCCAGUAUCUGAACAUCAGAGAGGUGGUGUUUGGGGGCUACCACACAGAGAUGGUGGAGUUCAUCUCCAAAGAGGACAAUCAGGACACCCUGCUGGCCCUCGUCUACAUUGCCACCUCCGACAACCCCAUUUACCUCGGCCCGGCCUCGGACAAGGAGAUUGCAGCCCAGAUUUCCAUUUGCAGCGGCAACACGGGUCACAACGCUGAAUAUUUGCAGCGGCUGGUGGAAUUCAUGAGGCUUUACUGUCCUGAUGUGGAGGACGAGCACCUUUUCUCUAUAGAAGCUGCUGUGAUUAAUAUUUUCCGUGAAUGUGGACGUCAAACUCUUUAGAUUCACACUACAGGGAGAUAUUAAAAAGCCUCUCAUUUAUUCUUAGAGUGUGAAAAGGGAAAUAAAUCUUGUCUUACUUUUAUUAGAUUUUGACAACAGGAUGAGAAAAACCAGAAGAUCAAACUAAGAAUUAUAUACUUUUUGAAACUUAUCAAAAAAGCACUUUUAUGGUAAAAAAUAACACCAAAAAGAGAAAUAUAUAUAUACAUUUUUGAUGAUCUGUUUUGAAAAUGUCUCAUAUCUGAUAUAUUUGUAUCUGUGACUGAAUUUUGAACCUGCACAGCUUGUCCUGCCUGUUUUCACAUCUCAUGCUCAAAGAAUGUUGACUCUUGCAGAGCUAAAAUGCUGAUUUUUCCUCACAGAGGUGCUAAAAUUUACAGAUUAUUUUCAUGA